GAGGGCGGAGGACCGGUGGCGCGGGAGGUGACGGGAUUCCUGGCAGGAGGGCGGAGGACCGCGGACCGGCGGCGCCGCCGUUGGAUCGAGGCCUCGGGCGGCGAUGACCGAGGUUCAGGCGGCGGCGGCGGCGGCGGGUCCGGGGGAGAAGGAGCGGGAGGAGGAGACGGUGUCCUGGACCCCCGAGGUGGAGGUCUGCCUCUUCCACGCCAUGCUGGGUCACAAGCCCGUGGGAGUUAACCGGCACUUCCACAUGAUCUGCAUCCGGGACAAGUUCAGUCAGAACAUCGGACGUCAGAUCUCCUCAAAGAUAGUGUGGGAACACCUCAACGUCAUGUACGACAUGCAGGCACUGCACGAGUCUGAGAUCCUGCCUUUCCCAAACGGCGAGCGGAAUUUUGUUCUCCCUGAAGACAUUAUCCACGAAGUGAAAGAAGGCAAGAGCGGAGUGGACGAGGAGCUGAAGGCAGAACUGAAGGAGGAGAUGCCAGAGCUGGCCGUGCCGGAGGAAGGUGUGUGCACAGAAUACUUAACACUGUUUCACUGUGAAGGUAACACGAAGGUGGCAGAAAAGGCCAUGGUGAAAGAGAAGGUGUCGGUGCCUGGUGAAGCAGGGACCAAGGAGGUGAUCGAUAAGCGGAAGAGAAACCGCACUACAGCCAACCUCCUGAGUGUGAACAGUAACCCGUCCAGCCCCAGUGGUGCCAAGCGCAGGCGGGUGUAGGGUCGAGAGGGUCUGUUCCCUGCACCAUCAAAAUCUCCGGUUGUCCGGAAGCAGACUGACUGUAUAACACUGGCUACUUGGUCCGGCCAGUAACACGUGGUGACUGCAUGAAGGUGUGCAGCCACGCCAGCCGCAGGGUAAGUGCCCCCUCGUGUCUCAGCUGGUGGCUUUGUUGGUCAGUUACUGCCUGGAGUUCUCCAGCUUCCUUUCCAGAGGUGGAUGGGCAAUCAAUCGCCACGGACUGUUCCCAAUUAUCCCGAACUGUGUGAUGGACAGGGGGAAGAGGGGAGUCUCCAUUUUAGCCUUAUUGUCUUUGCCCAGCUGUCUUUUGACUUCAAGUUGUGAGUGUUUUUUUUUCCAAAGAAUUUCUUAUUAAAACCAAG